UUUUUAAUAUAAAUAAUGUCAGUGUUGAGUCUCGUGCCGGAAGAAAAACGUAGGGAUCAGAGAAAUUCCCUAGAGAGCGUAUACAGCAGCAAUUCUCGGCUCAAUUUGCUUAACAAACGCAAGCGUUUGAACCCAAUACUGGAUAUGUCGAAUCAAUCUAUUAACAAGGGAGAUAAAUAUGUAACCCAACGUGUUUUAUCUGCAAAGACGCACAGAGUCAAACAAUUACAAAAUCAGCUUGCUGACGCCCAUUAUCAUUUACAAGAGCUAAGUAAUGAGAAUAAAGUGCUUCGAGCUUUACAAAAGAAACAAGACAUAGCCUUACAGAGAUACGAAAACUCCAACGCAGAACUGCCUCAGGUGCUAAACUCUCACAAUGAAGAGAUGAGAAUUCAGCAAAGUAAAUAUAAACAGUUGAAGCAGCAGUUCAAGGAAGCGACGAUGAAGUUAAAAGAGAAAGACAUACAGCUGCAACAGCUAAGAGAUGAUCACCAGCAUUUAUUAGAUUUGAGUAAGGACAGAAAUCUUCUUGAUCGUGAAAAACUUCAGAGUCAAGUAGCAGAUUUAACGGCGAAAGUUCAACAACAGAACGAAACAAUAAGCAUGCUGCAAAGAAGAAUAGCGCUAGAGGCUAAGAACUUUAAACAUCAGUUACAAGCUGAAAUAAACAAACAUAAAGACACGAGACACGACCUGGACCUAGCUAUCACCAACGCUGAUAAGCUGUCCACUAUUAUAGAGAUGAAAGAAAAAAUGCUCAGCACUGCGGCCAGUAGGGGUGGUAAAUCACCUACUAAAGUACCGUCUGUUAUGAACUUGGCUCGACCCGUUAGUAAAACAGGAAAAGCAGCGACAAAUCGAAAUGAUGAAAGAGCCAAUAUUAUUCAAACGGAACAAAAUAUACUUGCCAAGUUAUGUGAAAAUUCACGUAACGUCAGUAGUUCGUUGUCUCACGAGGAAGAUACUAGUUCUUCAACUGAACCACGCUCAAGAUACAUUUCCAGUCGAUCUUCAACAAGUAAUCGCACUACGCCCAAUCCAGUAAGAAAAAGUUCUAAAAAUUCAGAUGGAAUUAUAGAACUUGCAAAAACUGUACAAGACGGCAUGGCCGAUUUAACAAUCAUUGACGAUAAUUUAAAAAAUUCUACACCAGAUGAAAUGCAAAAAAGAAUGGAAGCUAUGAAACUGGAUCUUAUGAAUAAAAUAAAGAAUAACGAAGAGCCAUGUUCAAGAAAAUCGAGCGCUUUAAGGAGAAUGUCAACUGAGGAAUCGAUUGAAGAGCAAAUCGUUGAAGAACUUCCAACAGAAAGACCAAAAUCUCGAGGAAGAAGGAAUUCUACGGUUUCGUUCUAUGAUAAUUCAUAUUCGGAAGGGAACAAUUAUAGUACUGGCGAUGAAGGCGAUAAAGUACACUUAAAACGUGAUAUAAGUAUCGUUGAUAAGAAGACAGUAGCAAAACCUAUCGAAAAAUAUUGCAAAGAUAUCAUACAAGAUAUUGAAAAAAGCAGCAAAGUUAUUGAUGUUCAUAUGAAACAAUUUAGUCAAUCUAAAUACGCAGGCGACAAAAUAGUUGAACAGCUACAAGCUGUGGAUAAACUGAAUCAGAUCGUAAAUGGAAGCGGAGAUAUACCAACUGAAACAUUAACAGAGUUGAAUAAUAGUUUUAAAAUGUUAUCUGAACAAGUUUUCACUGAAAAUGUACCAAUAGCUAGAAAACGUUCUCUGUCCAGUAGGAAAAAUUCUCGUAUCGAAUCCAAAACAAAUUUGCUCGGAGACGCUAAUAUGAGCAAUCAAGAUUUACUAGACGAUCUGUUAGGAAAGAAAUGAUAUACGGCAUUUCCUUGAAGGAUUAAUUGCCAUUAUUAUAGACUAAUAUACCCUUGCCAGACAUUAGGAUUAGAACAUAGAAUUUAUUAUUGUUAACUCAAACCGCAUGGCAAUAAUUCCGAAUUUUUAUAGAUAUUUUUAUACAAUGAUAAAUCAGAGUCAAAGUUCGUUGGCCAUUCGAUAAUUUAUUACUUCAGUUCUUAAACAAAGAAAUCGUUUAAGUAAUUUAUAUGCAAAUAAAUAUUAGUCUUAUAUCCAUAAACAAUUACGAUUUUAACGUGAGAAUGUUUUAUGGAGACUUAAAUUUCGAUCGUUGUUGUUAUUGUAAUGUUUUAAAUAGCGUCGUGAAUCGUGAUACUCUUCGGAUUUGCUUCGUUAUGAAAACUGAUGUUAAAACAUUUCAAAGUUUUCCUCCUUCCUAUUAUUAUUGACACACACUUUAUAAAUAUAUCUUUAAAUGUCUUUCUAGCAUGUCUUCAGCUCGCGCAUCACGCUGAUAUAAUUUAUUGGAUUUCAACCAAUCAACCAACCAUAAAGGGAUAAAAUUAUCAGACAAUAUAAAAUUUUUGCAAAGUUAGUUAAAUUCUCAACAAUGUUGUCAGUAACG